GCUCCGUGAGCAGGGAAAAAAAGAAGAGCGGCAGCGUCCAGUGUGAGCCACAUGCGGCUGGUGCGCCGCACAAUGAGCUGAAAACGUUCCUUUGCAACAAUGCAGUGCCGAAAAAUUGCUGCAAAUGCUGGUCACUUCAGAACCAUUGCUCCAAAAAUUGUGCCCAAGGUUACUUCAUCAACAGCGUCUUGCUCCACAUCCCAGUCAGAUAUUGCAGUAUCCAGCGUCAGCACAAAGCCUCUAGUUAUGCCAGCACAAAAUUACACAUUGAUGAAAGUACCUGGACAGAAUGGAACGUUCUCUUUUGUUGCUGUGCCACAGGUUAACUCAAUGGGGGCACCAGUCAUACAAACCACGAACACACCUCUCCAAGAAAAUCUCAAAUUACCAAUCCCAAGGUGCCAGUCUGCAAGAAAUAAGAGGUUAUGUGACAAAGUGAAAAACAUUAGUGGUCUCAAAAAGACGAAAUCUGAAAAGCUUGCAACCCACGUAACACAUGACAACCAUUCUGAAGCCAUUCCUGAAUUAAAUGCAAGUGACCUAGAGUUGGCAAAUCCCACUACCAUAUCCCCAGCGAUGGAUGUCAUUCUGGAAAGCAAUGUCAACACUCUAGGAGUGCUUUCUGUGAAUGCAUCGGACACUCUUAAAGCAAAUACUACAGCUUUAUCGUUUAAGAAAGAUAUCCCUAAAGUCUUCUGCACAAGUAGUCCCAUGAAGAUCAGCGUCGAUUCGGAGAAGGUUGCAAGCACAGUAGAGAACAGACCAAUGAUAAGAUGUGAAAGCACCAAAGUUGUGGAUUCUGCGAACGCUGUGGCCGUUCUUUCUCCGGUGAUGUUUGGCAGUCCACCUUAUCUGAUCUCAUCAGCACCUAAAGGAAAACUACCUAUUAUGCCUUACUCAAAAAUAAAAAAAUCAAUCAUUUCCAAGUGCAAACAGUCUGCAAAUAUUGAGAAGGCCACUGCUUUGAAUGCAAAAUCUGAAAUCUGCAAAGGCCAGGCCAGUGUUAAAACCUCAAAUGAUAUUUCUUUACAGGUUACUCCUGUAUCGACAACAAAUGUGUCCACACCUGAUUCUUGCCAGUCAAAUACUAAGCUGGAUACUGGGGUUCUAACAAAACCAAGCUGUGUGUCCGUAAAAAGAAGAGCAAAAAAGAGAAAGACGCCCAGUGAAAUAAUGGCUUUUCAAACAAAAAUGAGACUUGUUGGAAACAAGUUAGUAGUAUGCAAAGAUAAAGUAAAAGAUCAUGUUUUAGCUUCAAAUGCCAAGAUACCUGUGUGUACUAAGAAGUACAGAAGCAUAAUGCCGAAACCUGCUGUAGAAGUGCAGUGUCUGGCCUCCCUUGGCACAUGUGACAUGCAAUCACAACCGAUGGAUAUAUUUAGAAAUAGAUUUCAACAAAUCAGGUCUAAUCGAUGGAAGCAAGGGGAUUGUUUGAAACAAAGUCUUGAUUGCAGAAUUUUAUCUACAGCAUCCAAGUCCUGUUUCAAAUGUAAUGUGUGUGAUCGUAAUUUUCAGUUUAAGCAUCACUUGCAGGACCACUUGAACACUCACACCAACAGAAGGCCGUACCACUGUCGUUUGUGUCGCAAGUCAUAUGUCCACUCGGGAAGCCUUAGCACACACGUGAAGCUGCACCAUAGCGAAAGUCGUUUGAAGAAACUCAUGUGCUGUGAGUUCUGCGCAAAAGUGUUCGGACACAUAAGAGUUUAUUUUGGUCACCUUAAAGAAGUACACAAAGUUAUUAUCAGUACAGAAACCUCUACCAAGCAACUCGAGAAAAAAGAUAUAACUAAAGUGAAAGACGAAUUAACUCCAGAAGAAAUGGAUAAAGGCAAAAUUAAGGAGGAUCAUACCUUGUAUGGAUCUGCUGAUGAAAUCAAACUCCAAAUUAAAUGUGGCCGCUGUGAUGUCAUAAGUCCUACAUUUUCAGACAUGAAACUCCAUUUAUUUUGUGAGCAUGGAGACCAGUUUCAAGAAAGACUCCAGGAAGGAAUACUGGAGAGCCGUCAGGGCGCCCCGGAAGAAGUGGUUAAACAUGCAACUCACUACUGGAAGUUACUCAACGAAAGGAGAAACGUUUUCAAGUGUAGCAACUGUGAACAAGAGAUUUUCGGUUCUUCCAAACUGCGCAAACAUGUUUGUUUAUCUUAUCAAGAGAACACUGAGGUUGAAAGCGAUCAUGCGCCACCAAAAGAGAAAUCUGAUGAUGAAAUCAAGGAUGACCACCAUGCUUCUUCAGUGUCCAACAUGGAUGUCCAGUUCUACUGUGGGAAUUACAUGAACUGUAUAUUGUGCAAACAGGUUUUUGAAGUAAAGGAUGAACUUCUGGCUCAUUGGCAACAAAAUCACAACUGUGAGAACCCUUCACUGCUUUGGACUGUUUUCAAUCCACUUUCCAAAGAAAAGUGAAAAAUAA